AGCAGCAGGAGAGCUCCAGUUGUCCACUGACAGCUUUACAACAGCUACCAUGCAACUGAUACAUCUUGAAGCUGCGGUCAUAUUUGGGAUUGUGAUUCCUCAUAUUUCAAGUCUCAGCAAUUUAUCUCCACCUUCUGACUGUUUGGCUGCUGUGGACACCUGCAUGUCAAAUCUAUGCAAGUGGAGCGAAGAGGCAUUUUACGACGGCGUCUGUGAGGAUGAAGGGUGCCAAAUAAAAGGCUCAGCAAUUUGUAACUUGACCAUCCAGACUGUGCUGGACCAAUUCCCAUCUCUGCACGGGUGUGUGUGUGCCUGGGAGGAGGAGCGUUGUGGCUCUAUACAAGCGCUGGCCACACAAUGCCACCAAAAGCCAGUAGGCCUAAACGAUAAUUCCGCAUCCUGCUUGGACAAAAUAGGAGUUUGUCUCAGUGAUGGAGUUUGCAACAGGUACCUCGCACCUGUCCUUCAGGCUUGCAUGUCACAGUGCGACCGCGCCCGCUGUCAGUCGGCGACUCAGCAGUUCUACGGCAACAUGCCGCACAAUGUUGCAGAGAUGCUGGUCAUGUGCGAGUGCGACACUUCAGAUCACAGCUGUCUGGAAAUGACAACUGCUCUGCACAGCGGUACAUGUGGAGGCCAGAGCCGGAUCUGCCAGGAUACAGUAAACCAGUGUGUUGAGGACAGUAACUGCAGAGACCUUUUGAAAACCUUCCGAGUGAAAUGCUGGAGCCCUGAAGAAGCCCAAUGCAGCGACAGUGACCUCCAACAUGAUGAAUGUAUCAGCCGGAUGGAUCCGGCUUUCAUCCGUGGUGAAGAGUCAGAAUGUAGAAUUGCCUUUUUGGCCACUUUGGGCACAGCACUGCACUAUCCUUGUGCAUGCAAAGGGAUGCGCAAUGACGAUAUGCUGUCGUGCAACAUUAUUCAUGAUGUGCUUCAUAACAGAUCACAUUUCAUGACACCUUGGAAAAGCAGCAGUGAUGAAUCUGAGCAAGGUCCCACAUGGUCACAUGAUUAUCUAAUGUAUGCUUUUGUAACUAUGCUACUCGUUGGAGUUGUAUUAAUACCUGUGGCCGUUGCCAGUAAAAUAUGGAUGUUGAGAAGAAAAGACAAAAUCAAAUUUCACCAUCCGCAGAAAAGUAACUGUGUUGUUAUUCUCUGAUGCUCAUUCAUCUGUUAAAUAAUAAAUACAUUAUUA